AUGUUCGCAUUCUACAUGACCCCUACCUUUGAUUUUCCCGUCCGCAUUCGAUGUCGCGAAACGGGAGAUGUGCUGCAGGCGUGGAAGGACAGCCCACAAGGGUACCUCAAUCUUCCAUCGACGGACAAAACCCGCCACUUAGUCUUUGAAUUCGACAACUCCCAGUCGCUGCUGACGCUUGGUAGUGUGAGCUUCGAGAUCCGCGUCAUCCCCGACCCGGCCCGGGGCGUUCGGGAGGAGGAGAUCGACCCGAUCGAAAAGAAGGUGCAGACACUCUUCGAAACGAUGCAGACCCUGCGCAAACUACAGGAGUUGAUUCGCUACGACCAGAAGGAGCACCGCACCCUUGUCGAGCACGCGAAUGUGCGAGUGCACUGGUGUUCCAUCAUGCAGGUCGUGAGCUUCGUUGCUGCAGCGGGUGGCCAGUUGUGGCUGUUGCGGCGUUUCGUGGAGAAGCGUCGCACCCUCUGA